AUGUGUAAGAACAGAGGAAUUGGUUAUAAGAAUCAAUUACCAUGGAGAUUUAAAAAAGAGAUGGCAUAUUUUUCCCAAAUUACCAGCAGGACAAAAGAUCCAGAAAAGAUGAACGCUGUGAUAAUGGGAAGGAAAACCUUUGAAAGUAUUCCAAAGAAAUUCUUUCCACUUCCAAAGAGGAUUAAUAUUGUACUAAGCAGAACUAUGAAAGAAGCACCUGAAGGUAGCUAUUUGGCCCAAAACCUGAAAGAGGCCAUUGACCUCACUUCUGUUGACCACUUGAAAGAAAAAGUUGAGAAAUUGUUUAUCAUUGGCGGAUAUACAGCUUAUCAGGAAGCAAUUGAAUCUGACUAUCCCUGUCGGAUUUAUUUAACCAAGAUCCAGUCUGACUUUGAAUGUGAUACAUUCUUCCCUGAAUUCACAGAGGAAGAAUUUCCAGAACUUAUUGGGUUGGCUGAUGUGCCCACUUCUCUCUCAGUUCUCUCUCUCUCUCUCUCAGUUCUCUCUCUCUCUCUCUCUCAGUUCUCUCUCUCUCUCUCUCUCUCUCUCUCUCUCUCUCUCUCUCUCAGUUCUCUCUCUCUCUCUCAGUUCUCUCUCUCUCUCUCAGUUCUCUCUCUCUCUCUCAGUUCUCUCUCUCUCAGUUCUCUCUCUCUCUCAGUUCUCUCUCUCUCUAAGUUCUCUCUCUCUCUAAGUUCUCUCUCUCUCUAA